AUGUUGUGGCCUAUAGCAGUAGCUGCGGCUGUUGCUUCCAGCUUCCUUCUUUCAGCAGGUCCAGCUUCCGCUUUAGGCCAACUUGCGCCGCGCCAGGGAGGCCCUACGGGUACCAAUGAUGAUGGCGAACCGAUCGAUCCGAACGCCCCCGAGAUAUCGUAUUGUUUUUGCGGGAAUCCUGAAAAUGGCGACCCAGACGUCAAUGCCACCGUACCGAUCUGCCAUCAAUACUUUCCCGGUCACGCAAUCACUGCACGACAGGAGGCGCCAGGGUAUCGGCCGUAUAUCAACUGCGAGGAUGUUGGUGAAAAGAAUUUCAAUGACUUUGGUGAAUACUGUCUCGAACACUAUGGUUUGACGAAGUCAAACAAUGGGUUUGGAGGUGCUUUGUGUUGUUACGUUCCACCGGGUGGGAACUAUUCCGCAGGCUAUUGCGACGCCUUCCCGCCAGAGACACCUUCAGAAGGGUCGAUGUGA